AUGUAUUCAUUUCUUCCUAUAUGUGUAUUUGCUUUGCUCUGUCAAAUGCAGGGUACAUGGGCAAGAGUGCCUCAAGAAGGCGAAUAUCCAUACCAGGCAGCUGUUCUACUGAGACUGCGCAAUGACGAACUUCUGUACAUAUGCUCCGGCGCAAUACUUAACCAGAGAUGGAUAUUGACACUCGCUCUCUGUGCUGUACAGUACAAGCCUCCUACUAUUAAGAUUUUGGUUGGGUCGAACGGUCUUGUUGCCCCUAAUAAUACCUACUACUCCGUAGAUAACGUUCGCCCAUACAGUCGACCCACGUACAAUGUAACUAUAUUCUCGCGUAACAAUAUUGCCCUAGUCAGGGUUACGACACUGAUAAUCUUCAAUAAAAAAGUCCAACCCAUAGUGGUAUCGAGUCAGGAUGUGAGGAGUGGACAGACUUACAGCUUGACAGCUUGGAGGAAUUGUGUUGAUUCAAACUACUCUACCAGCCUCCAGCUGUUUUUGGUAAUAGCGAUACAAGAUAACAGACAAUGCAACCCUUUGGUUGCAACUGGACUGAACAGUGUCAGCGAACUGUUCUGCAUGACCGCGAGCCCCAAGGAUUCUGGAAAUAAAAAUAUACCACCAUUCAGCUACCAAGGAGGACCAAUUGCCAGUGCAUCCAGACAGUUGAGCGGUUUGAAUAUUGCUGCAAGAAGCAGGCGACAGGACAACAACAUCGUAGCUGUAGGAUUAAGAGUAGCACCCUACAGGACUUGGAUUUAUGCUACUAUCAAUUAAUAUCCGAUUAUCUUUUGUGUAUGUUUAAAAUCCUGUACCACGUAACACUAAUCAGGAUAUUUAAUAUAGAUAAACAUUUUCAAAAAGGUUUUGUUGAUAAAAAUACGUUCGUAUUCUAUAUUAUUUAUGAGUUUUAAUAAAAUA